AUGGCCACCAGCCAGCUAAGGUCCCUCGAGGGCACCUCCAACGGGCAACAACGCCCAUCCGUGCCCGACACGCGGCCGCCAGGGGCCAAAAUCAAGAGCAUCGAGUACUUCCGCGUCAAGCCGCGGUGGCUGUUUGUCAAGAUCUGCGACGACCGCGGACUCCACGGCUGGGGCGAGGCCACGCUCGAGGGCCACACGCGGGCCGUCGAGGGCGCGCUGGAUGAGAUCAUCGAGCGUAUCGUCGGGUACGAGGCCGAUGACAUUGAACAUAUCUGGCAGACGAUAUGGCGCCUGGGGUUUUAUCGUGGAGGGCCGGUCUUUAUGUCGGCGCUGUCGGGGAUUGAUAUUGCUCUGUGGGAUCUGAAAGGUCGGAGACUCAAUGUCCCCGUCUACCAACUCCUGGGCGGCAAGGUCCGCAACAAGGUCCAGGUCUACGCGUGGAUCGGCGGCGACACGUUCGCGGACAUUGAAGGGGCCGCAAAAGCGCGCAUCGCGCAGGGUCUGAAGUGCAUCAAGAUGAACGCCACGGGGCCCGUCAACUGGCUCGACUCGCCGUCUGUGUUGGACGCGACUAUCGAGCGGCUCAAGAUUGUCAAGGGACUCGGACUCGACGCCGGCCUCGACUUCCACGGCCGCCUGCACAAGCCCAUGGCCAAGCAGCUGGCCAAGGCGCUGGAGCCGUACCGGCCCCUAUUCAUCGAGGAGCCCCUGCUGGUCGAGCACCCGGAGGCGCUCAAGCAGCUGGCCGCGAGCACGACGGUGCCGAUCGCAUUCGGGGAGCGCCUCUACUCGCGCUGGGACGUCAAGCGGUUCCUCGAGGACGCCAGCGUCGACAUCCUCCAGCCGGACAUCGCCCACGCGGGCGGCAUCUCCGAGACACGCCGCAUCGCCGCCCUGGCCGAGACGUACGACGUCGCCGUCGCCCCGCACUGUCCGCUGGGCCCCCUCGCCCUCGCCGCCAGCAUGCAGGUCGCCCUGUGCUCCCCCAACUUUGUCAUCCAGGAAAUGUCCCUCGGCAUGCACUACAACGUCGAGGCCGGAGAGGAGGAUCUCAACACCUACCUCGUCGACCCGGCCGUCUUUGCCAUCCGCGACGGCUACGUCGACGCCCUCACGGGGCCCGGACUGGGCGUCGAGAUUGACGAGGCCGUCGUGCGCAGAAUCGCCCAGUCUACCGGUCAUUGGCAGUGUAAAGAGUUUUAUGGGCCCGAUGGGUCGAUCCGGGAGUGGUAG